AUGGAAAGUUUUAUAGAGGUACCGCUGGACAGCGACUUCCCGCUCGAAAACUUGCCGUGGGGCGUGUUUGAGGCCCCAGGCCCAGCGGGUCCCCAAGUCCAUGUGGGCGUGGCGCUGGGGCAGCACGUCAUCUCAGCCACAGAGCUCCAGUUAUGUUCGAUUGUCGUACCCGUACCCGUACACACACGCGUACAGGGCCGACUUAACGAGUUCAUGGCGGCGGGCCGACCGGCGUGGAGGGCCGCGCGUUCGACGUUGCAGCGGCUGCUGAAUGCUUCCGAAGGGGAGCUCCGAGACAAUUCCGAAUUAAUGUCACGUGUCGUACACAAACAGGCGGACGUGACGAUGCUACUGCCGGCGCAAAUCGGCGACUACACCGACUUCUACGCCUCCCGCCAACAUGCCACCAGAGUGGGCUCCAUGUUCCGAGGGCCCGCCAAUGCCCUCAACCCAAAUUGGCUGCACCUGCCGGUGGGUUAUCACGGCCGCUCGUCUUCUGUCGUACCCUCGGGAGCACCUGUACGGAGGCCUAGCAGUGCAGUCAGCAGCUCCAGCCCUCCCCCCCGUCCCGUGGUGGCCCCCAGCACCCAGGUGGACUUUGAACUGGAGGUGGCUGCCUUCAUAGGCCCCGGGAAUACGCUGGGUGAGGCUAUCCCUGUGGAAUCCGCCUGGGAGCAUGUGUUCGGGUUGGUGCUGAUGAACGACUGGAGUGCUCGGGACAUCCAGAAAUGGGAGUAUGUGCCUCUGGGGCCCUUCUGCGGCAAAAAUUGGGCGACCCAGAUCUCCCCUUGGGUGGUGACCUCCGAGGCCCUGGAGCCUUUCAAAUGCCGCCCGCCUGCAAAACAGGCUGGAGAUCCUGACGUACUGCCGUACCUACAAGAAGCGAUGCCGUACACUUACGAUGUCAACCUGGCUGUGGACAUCACGCCGCCAGGCGUUGACCGGGCUACGACGGUUACACGAUCCAACCUGAAACACCUCUACUGGUCCUUCGCCCAAAUGAUCGCACACCACACGGUUGGCGGUUGCAAUCUGCGACCUGGAGAUCUGUUGGGCUCCGGAACCAUCAGCGGCGACGAGGCCGACUCCAGCGGGUGUUUGUUGGAGCUGACACAUGCUAGCAGGGACGAGAUCGUUACGGAGGCGAGUACGGGUGUCGUACGGCGACGGUACUUGGAGGACGGUGAUGUUGUGACGCUGCGGGGCUGGUGUGGUGGUGAUGGCGUUCCGUGCCGCCGAAUCGGCUUCGGACGUUGCAGUGGCGAGCUACUGCCGUGCCAGCCGUAG